AUGGAGAUCAACGGCUCCUCAAGCCAGCUGCCGUGGUUCAAGCCCGAGCCGCAUGCGGACGACCUCCUACGCCCCGACGGAGCGUGGCCCCACCACCUCUCCGCGCGCGCGCUCGAGAAGCAGGUCGCGUACGACGAGGGCAGCACGAUCGACUGGUUCCGCGAGGAGGCGGCGGAGCGCGAGCGGAAGCUCGUCAUCCGCUCCCGGCGCGGGCUGCUGGGCCUCACCGGGAUGGUGCUCGACUCGGCGGGGAUGUGGCUCGUUGUGGUGCUCACGGGCGUGGGGAUUGGGAUCAUGGGUGCGUGGCUGGACGUCCUGGUGCGAUGGUUGGGGGACCUGCGAGAAGGAAGGUGUUCGUACGGGUUUUUCUACAACCAAGUCGCGUGUUGUAGUGGACUGGAUCCUGGAGAGAUCUGUCGGGAAUGGCAGACGUGGAGCGAGUACCUCCAUGUUAGCUCGAUCUUUGGGCAGUCACUCCUUCAUGCUGUGGUAUAUAUCGCUCUUUCGAUCCUCAGCGGCUACGUCUUCGACGCCUUCUUGGGCCCAUGGGUCCUCCUCAUUAAGGCACUUGGCCUCGCGCUUGCGGUAGCGUCGGGACUAUCUCUGGGCAAAGAAGGACCCCUCGUCCACGUCGCAUGCUGCUGGUCGUUCCUCAUGUCCCGCAUUCUCCGUCAAGGCCGACAAACCGAAGCACGGAAACGGAAACUGCUCGCCGCAGCGGCAGCAUCUGGAGUGUCUGUCGCUUUCGGAAGCCCCCUUGGCGGAGUGCUCUUCGGUCUGGAAGAACUCGAUACCUUCGCGAACGACAGCGAUGCAAUGUGGCGCGGAUUCGUGACUUCCGUCAUUGCAGCCGUGUCGCUGCAAUACGUGGACCCCUUUGGGACUUCCAAGUUGGUGCUGUUCCAGGUGUCGGAGACCGGGAGCACUUGGCGCGGUUUCGAGCUGAUUCCCUGGGUUUUCCUCUCUGUUGUCGGGGGUCUAAUCGGAUCGCUUCUCAUCAAGUUGAAUACUGCUGCUGCAGUCUAUAGGCGCAACAGCAUCCUCAACGACCAUCCUAUCAUCGAAUCAUCGGAGCUUGUCGCCAAUCUUUUCCAAGAAUGUGAUACCACCAAGACCGACUAUCACGGCUUGUGCAACCCCACAGCGCUUGGAGCGAAUGUUUUCCUGUUGGUGCUGACCGCUAUCGUCAAGGUCGGCUUUACUGCGUGGACAUUCGGGAUGAUGAUCCCUGCCGGUAUAUUCCUCCCCACAAUUACCAUUGGAGCAUGCCUUGGGCGUGCCGUGGGUCUCAUCACACAAGGCCUCCUGGAUAUUCUCCUCCUGCCACCCGAUCCCACCGUCCGCUGCAUCUCCCCCGGUUUUUACGCCGUCAUCGGCGCGUCCGCCGCGCUCGGCGGUGUCACUCGCAUGACAAUCUCGCUCGUCGUGAUCCUCUUCGAGCUCACCGGCGCGCUCUCGCACGUCCUGCCGAUCAUGAUCUCCGUCAUGCUCGCAAAGUGGGUCGGGGACGCCCUCGGGCGCGACGGCAUCUACGCCGCGUGGAUCGCGCUCCGACAGUACCCGUGGCUGUCCGCGUCACGCGCGUUCCGCGACGCGGGCGAAACCGCGGCGCGCGUGAUGAAGCCCGCGCGCGACCUCGCGUGCGUCCGCGAUCGGUGCGCGGUACGCGAGCUCGCGGAGGUUGUGGCGAGGGGGCGGUUCAGGGCGUUCCCUGUCGUCGGGCAGGGGGAGAUACUGCUGGGGCUCGUCACGAGGGAGAAGGUCCGGGCGUGCGUCGAUCUGAUUGCGGAGGACCCGAACGUGGAGCGUCUGUGCACAUUUGUUCCGCCGGGGUCCGGCGAGAGCGAAGACGGCGCGAUGGUGAACCUGUCGUGGCUGCUCGAGGAGGCAGUCCUGCAGCUGAGGAAGGAUGUGCCCCUCGAACUUGUCGUCGAUAUGUUCCAGAAGAUGAACCUGCGCCACAUCUUAUUCUCUCAAGAAGGAAAGCUCGUGGGGAUGGUGACCAAGACAGACAUCGUCUGGCUCUUGACCGGGGAGUCACCACAUGCAGGUGCUCUCUCGGAACGACAGUAG